AUGAAUCGUGCGUCUGAAGCAAGCGUCAGGUGUGCCCAGCCAACUGCAGAAGACGACGCGGUGGAAACGCCAUCCGAGAAUUCCUCCACAACCCAGGUCGAAGCUGCCGCCGUCAACGGGUCGCUGGCAGACCUGGAAGACGGAGAUGCUGACACCCUUGCCCGCGACUCUUGGGAGACGGACUCUCUUUUCCAGGAUGCUUUUGAGGAGCUGACCCGGGAGGGCAUCGAUGCCGAUGCCGAGGGCCCGCCCUUGGAAGCGUGCACGCCCGAGGAAGCCAGCAGACUUCGCCGGGAACUGCGGGAACACGGCCCAGCCGUCUUUUCCCAGCGCACCGUCGACUGCGGCCGCUACACCGCCAAGAAGCUGCUGACUGCCUUUGGAAUCAAGCCGCCCGCCUUUCUGGAGGGCGAGCCCGACGAGGCCUACUUCGGCCUCUUGUCGCUCGCCAUCUCCAGAGAGCUCUCGAAACGCGUCAAGCUGGGCUCCUACAACACGGUCGACGAUGCCGUCCGGCUGAUUGCCAAGUGCGGCAACAUCGUCGUCAUUACCGGGGCCGGCAUCUCCACCUCGCUGGGCAUCCCCGACUUCCGCUCCAAGGGCACGGGCCUGUACUCCAAGCUGGAGCAUCUGGGCCUCGGGGACCCUCAGGAGGUCUUCGACAUUGACGUCUUCAAGCAGGACCCGACAAUCUUCUACUCGGUCGCCAGGGACAUCAUCCCCGCCACUGACCGCUACACGCCCACUCACAAGUUCAUCGCCAUGCUCCACCAGCGCGGGAAGCUGCUCACCAACUAUUCCCAGAACAUCGACAACCUGGAAGUCAAGGCGGGCCUGCCAAAGCACAAGCUCGUCCAGUGCCACGGCUCCUUUGGCACCGCCAGCUGCGUCCGGUGCGGCCACCAGGUGCAGGGCGACAUCAUCUUCCCCGACAUCAGAGCCGGCAACAUCCCGCGGUGCCCCCGCUGCGUCCGGCCGCUCGGCGCCAACGGCGCGUCCGCCAAGAGAAAGCGUCCUGCCGGCGGCGCCGACAAGCGUCGACGGCGAUGGUCUGCCGACGAAAGCUCCGACGACGAUUCCGACGGCGACAACACCCCCACCGCCGGCGUCAUGAAACCCGACAUUACUUUCUUCGGGGAAGCUCUUCCCGACGAGUUCUCCCAAAGGCUCACCGAACACGACCGCGACAAGGUCGACCUCGUCAUCGUCAUCGGCACCUCUCUCAAGGUCCGGCCCGUCUCCGAAAUCGUGAGCUGGCUGCCCUCGAGCGUGCCUCAGAUAUACGUCUCCCGCGAGCCAGUCACCCACAUCAACUUUGACAUUGAUCUCGUCGGCGACUGCGACGUGGUCGUCACGGAGCUGUGCCGCCGGCUGGGAUGGCCUCUUGUGCAUGAAAUGGUCCCCGCGAACCAAGUCAUCCAUGUCAAGGCGGAACCGGGCCACGACAGUCGACAUGUAUUCGAAGUCGGAAACAGCAGCACACAGACGGUACCGGUAGUCCUGCCAAAGGAAGCGGCUGCACAGACGGUAGGCGAGGCACAAAAGCAGCUCUUGCCGGAAUGA